CUAAAAACUCUUCGCAUUUCCUUCACAAAAAUUGUGCGUAUCAUCCCAAAUUUGAAUGGCAAUACUCAAGGCUGCUUCGCCGGUUGCCGGUGAUCUCACCGCUUCCGCCGGCGGCGAAGUGAUCGCCGACAAGGAAGACGUUCUAAGUGAAAUUCUCCUCCGAUUACCCACAAAAAAUCUUCUCCAAUGCUGCUGCGUUUCCAAACACUGGCACUCUCUCAUCUCCGCUCCUCAUUUCCGCCGCCGUCACUGCCGCCGCCACGCCUCCACUUCCGCCGCCACUGGUCUCUUGUUGUUCCGUACAUUCUCCUUCAAACAUCUUAUGGACCACCUCGUAUACUUACCCAAUAAUUCCAACGACAAAAAAUGUUAUUCUAGAACCAUCCCUUCUUCCAUUCGUAGGUUUCAUUACCCUUUAGCCUUUUCAGGUUUUCAUCACCUUCAUUCUUGUAAUGGGUUGUUGUGUUUUGGACUUUUGUUGGCUCCUUGUGAAUGUAACCUUUAUGUUUAUAACCCAUGUACAUGCUCUUAUGCUUCUCUUUCACUGCCUAAAAAAUUUAGCCUCUCUACUAUUAAAGCUAUAAAUUUAGCAUUUGAUCCGUCAAGAUCCGAUUUUUACAGAAUUAUUUGCAUAUAUGCUUAUAAUUCGGAAAAUGACAAUGACCCUUCUGAGGAUUACGUGUAUCAUAUCUUGAUUUAUGCUUCAGAAAGUGGUACAUGGAAGGAUACAGGAAAGGGGUUUAAUGAUAAAUAUGAUUACUUGUUGAAAAGGGGCGUGUUUUUGCAAGGUUGUCUUCAUUGGGUGGGCGAAAACAAGCCUUUUCUAGCAUUUGAUGUCGAGAAUGAGAGGUUUAGGACAAUGCCUAGUACUAGUGUUCCUGAAAAUGGGAGAAAGAUUUGUUAUUUUGGCGAUUGGGGCGGGCGCCUCCAUGUUAUUCAGGAAUGUGAUGGGGGAGCAGCUUCACUGGUGGAUGUAAUGGAGUUGCAGAUAGAUUAUUCCGGUUGGUCGUUGAAGUAUCGCAUUGAUAUUGGUUAUCUUGGUAGGGCAAUUGGAGGUAAUGCUGAUGGUAUUAAGGUUGAUGUACUUUGUUUGGUCGAGGCAAAUAGAGAAGGGAAGACUAUGCUUAUAGUAUCAGCUCAAGGCAGAAUUUAUUACUACGAUAUCGUUGGCAGGACCUUUGAGGAGUUCUCAGGAAACAAUCCAGCUUGCAACCUAAGUUGCUCCGACACUGCAGUUUGGGUGCCGCACUUGUGUCGAUGCGACACUAGUAUGGGUGCAGAGCUUAUCAAUGGAGCUGUUUCUCUCUCAAUCUUCUCUGAAACUCUCUCUAUCUCAUUCACCAUGGCUGAGCUAAUCAACAUGGUAUCAGAGCUUUGUACUGUGAUUUACGCAUCUAAUGCACACAAGAUGUGGGAAGAUCUUAAGGAAAGGUUUGAUAAAGUCAACGCCUCUAGAGACUGCUAUAUUCACAAGGAAAUGGCUACUUUGACUCAAGGUUUAAAUGAAUCAUUUGAACAUGCUAAGGAUCAAGUUCUUAUGACUCGUCCAUUACCUAACAUCAAUCAGGCAUAUGCCAUGAUUAUUAAUAUUGAGACCUUGCUGAGCAACAAAACUUCAGCAGGAGGUUACAGACAAAAGAAUAAUUCUGGCAAGGCCUUGGUUCAAUGUGACUACUGUAACUACAAGGGACACACCAGGAAAAAUUGCUUCAAAUUGCAUGGUUAUCCAGUAGGUUUUAAACCUAAGAAGAAAGGAGGACCUCCAAAUACUUAUAACAACACAUAUGCCAACAAUGUAACUAGUACAGGUGGUCAAUAUUCAGGGGGUCAACAUUGCUCUCAACCUGGAGUUCCUUCACAAGCUCAGUUCUUCACUCCUGAGCAAUACUCUCAGAUUCUGCAGCUUCUCAACAAAGGAAAUGAAGUUGCACCUAUGGCUAAUAUAGCCAAAUCUGACACUGCAGAUACCUAUUCUGCCAUGUUGUCUACUCUAGUUGAUACUAAUUGGAUAAUAGACACAAGUGCCACUGAUCAUAUGGUACACAAUAUGGCUUUGCUUAAUAAGUGUUCUGAUUUACCUAAAGAGACCAGAAGUAAGGUACUCUUACAUACUGGUGGUCAAGUCUCUAUUACUAAAUCAGGAGAGUCCUCAAUCUUCCAAGAUAGAACAAUUCACAAUGUCUUAAAUGUUCCAAAGUUUAAGUACAAUAUGUUGUAUGUUUCCAAAAUCACUAAGGAGCUAAGUUGUUUGGCUGCAUUCUUCCCCGACUUCUAUUUAUUUCAGGAGCUCUUCAGUGGGAAGGUGAUAGGGAUUGGUUGA